CGGCCCCCCAAUCAAGCCCCAAAGCAGAUUGAUAAAAGUGAACCUUGGAAAAUUUUUUUGCACAAUAUUGAGUAUUUUAAAAUCUGAGAGUGCACUGCAAGUGAUAAUAAGUCCAGGAGUGUUGUCGCCGUCGUACCCAAAUAAAUGAUAAUACACAAGGGAACUAUAAUUAAAGCAACUUGUAAAGUUAAAGUUCGCAGGGGGGACGCAGCCAUUUUUUCUGGCAACACACACGCCAGAACCAGAGUUCGAAUCAGACAGCGGCCUCGAGACGCAUCGGUGGAAACAGAUACAACAACAACCAUCACUCGAAGAUGAGCACCAACUCGAAGGCGGAUCCCAUCUCGCUGAGCUUCCACGACUCGUGUCUGCGAAUGUCCGACGUGCAGUUGCUGCACGGGCCGCGCUGGCUAAACGACCAGAUUUUGAGCUUCUACUACGAGUACCUGACGCACGUGAAGUAUAAGACAAACAACGAUAUCGUGUUCAUAGCCCCCGAGGUGACCCAGUGCAUGAAGUACAUGGAUGACCAGGAGCUGGAGCAACUCAUGGAGCAGAACAACGCCACCAAGAAGCCGUUUAUAUUCUUCGCCAUGAACGACAACAGAAGUUUCGAAGCCGGUGGCACCCACUGGUCACUGCUGGUCUUCUCGCGCCCGGAAAAGACCUUCUAUCACUUUGACUCGUAUGGAAACAACAAUACAAGCAACUCUGUGGAGCUGAUGAACAAGGUGAAGGAAACUAUGGACGUGCGUUCGGCCAAGUUCCGACCAAUGCGCUGCCUGCAACAGGCCAAUGGCUAUGAUUGCGGCAUACACGUCAUUUGCAUGACCGACCAUAUUGCCGAUUACCUGAAUAGGUAUGAGGUGAUGGAUGGUCUACCGCCACUGCAGGUGGACACUGUUAAAGCCAAACGCACGGAGCUACUGAAGCUGAUCCUGUCGCUGGGCGGCAAGGGCUAGAUCUCGUUCCAUUCCUCAAUUUUCUAGUUUUAAAUAACGAAAUCAAUGUUGUAAAUGUAACAUUUACGCAUUACCCCUCCAAACAAACAUACAUACUCUCAAACACACACACUUAACAUACACACAUACAUCCUGAAAAGGGCGGGAGAGAUAGAGA